AUGACCAAAAAGAUUGAUGCGGCUAAAAGCGCAAUUGUGUUCGAAGUGGACCCUAACGAGUGUCCCUUCAGAGAGUUCAGGGAUAAUGAACUGCAUCCAGAUUUGUGGGGAAUGGGUCCAGCAGCAAUGAGAGCCGCUAUGCUGCUCAGCAAGACCGCAACUAAAGCGUCUUCCGAAGCGGCCUGGGUGGACGACCAGACGCAACCGCUGCCAAGGUCUGUGAGACAGUAUCUGCACGGGUGGAUACGAGCUGAAGACUUGGCCUUGGACAGGUGGGAUGCGGAGGUCGUUAUUUUUGAGAGUAACGACGGAGGCAAGAUGUCACCAAUAGAGAUACAAUUGAGUCAUGCCCAGGUUUUGCUGCGCUCAUCAUUCUGCAGGCGGGUUAUGUCAGCGUGUUUUAUGCUGGAGAGGCUUGAGGGUUUUGUGAUUGAGCAUCAAUGGGAGAAUUUCGCGUGCACCCUUCAGCCUGAAGGCUGGCGAGCUCGCUACCACGUCUACUCCCCUGGCAUUAAACCUGGUGGUGGUCAACAGCAUAGACCAGGACUCUCCAAGAAUGGCUGUUACCUCGUAAGACUGUUCCACCUUGGAGCCUGGCGCUGCGUCUGGGUCAGCGACCAGGUACCGGUGGACGCCAUAGACUCCCCCCUCCUGCCGUUCUCACCCCUCAUCAUCCACACGCCUGUCCAAAAAGCUGGACCUGCGCAGAAGCAAAUAAUAACGACUGUUACUUCGCAAUACGUUCAUUUGUGGCCCUUGUUGCUUUGUAAGGCGCUUCUGAAACUGGCGGCGCCUGAUAUGAAUUCCGACGAAGGAACAGAUAAUGCUGAAGACGAGCCAAUGUCUGAAUUCAGCGUACUUCACGCCUUGACAGGGUCUUUGCACAUGGUUUAUAGAGGGCUUGACGCCGAGGGUCUAUGGGAACUCAUCACGUCAGAAGUGCCCAUGUUCUCGUGGGAUGAUGACGACGACACCAUGGCCAGCACGGUCAAGUCCAAGAGUACCAAGAAACCAACUAAUAAGGACAGCGCUGUGGUCAAGCGUGGAUCAAUGGCGUCAAUACUGCUGGAAGACACCAAGAACUUGCAGCCUUAUCAUCUGCCCGGAAUCACUCCUGCGCACGAAAUGGAUCUACUUAUAUCAAUGGCUAGGGAUUUGCCCAUCAAGAAACCACUUCCAGAACCCGAGGUGUCACCGUGGAAGCAGUAUCGAUGGGUGGACUGGGCGAGAAGUCAUGGUCUGUAUGAUGCGUACGAGUGUCCAAGGACAAGGUAUCUGAAAGUGAACGGAUUGUUGAAGCUGUCUCACGCUCCUCAUCUGUUGGAUGUCGGCAGUACUGAAUCGAUAACGUUUGCUUUUAGACAACUCCACGAGAGAGCUGACCCGAAUGAGCUCCAACUCCUAGUGAAAGGUCUCGACAUUCUAUUCUACCCUUCAAUGUACGAGUUCACGUCAUCAGCCAGCAGUCCACCGGUCAGGAUCACGAAAGCACCUCCCAAUAGAGCGAUCGACGUCCCAGCCCCAAAAUGUGAACCCCUUUACCUCCAAAUCGACAGUCCCGAUGACAAUUUACUGAGGAUAUCACUAAGCAUACUGCACCCAAGAAUUCUGCUGAACUGCGGUAUACCUAACGAAGAUUAUAUAGAGCCAGGUUAUAUGGUGUUGGAGGAAUUCGAGUGGUUCAAAGAUUGUGAUUUGCCUAAAGCCAAAGGUUUCAUUCAGACUAGGGGUUAUGAUACUGUCGAAGUGGAGUUCCAUCCUGGAAGACAUUUUUGCAGAAUCUGGGUCCAUUCUCGUACAAACUGGCAUAUGAUGCUGAUCAGUGAAUCUGCACUUCUAUUGGGACCCCGAGAUUUGAUCCAAUGUGCUACAGUCAGAGAAUGUCCAUGGGCAGCUAAGUUUCUCACCAACCUUUCAACAGCAUUCGUAACUUGGGUGCGAGGUGCUAGAUCUAACACGGAUAUGGCAAGCGCUGAUAGGGAUUUCUAUAGAUCAUACCAACCGGAUCUGCCAUGGGACCCUGAAGUGGUAGGUUACGAGAAGUAUCUCCUUCACUGGAUGUUCCGCCAGGCAUUGCAAGCUCAUCUCAUCAAGAAACUGUCACAUCCAGAGUUUCAAGCAGUUUGCAAUGUUCUAAGGAGAUAUUUUUGUGAUCCCGACUUUGGAUUUCCACCGAAACCAAAACCGACAAGGUCUUUGAGAGAAAUCGUUGAUUUGGAUCCGUGUGACUGUCUAAUGCCCGAGAUGGAGGAAGAUGAACAAGUGGAAGAAAUGGAAGAACAGUCACCGGAAGUCCAAUCAUUAGUGGAUGCAGAAACAAUGGAAAAGCUUCUUCUGCCACCACAACCGCCUGUCACUUCCCAAGUUUGCGAACUGGCUACAGAGGAACUCCCUUGUGGAGUCCUGAAGGAGGAACGAGAUAAGGUCAUAAGAAGGCACGAGGCUGCCACAGUGUUACAGGCCCAUUGGAGAGGCACCUGGGCCAGGAUGUGUUUGAAUACCACGCCAAUGAUUUCUCCUGAUGUUUUGAGAAUUAUACUAGACAACGCAUUCGGUAACCUCGAGUCUUUAUCGGACGUCAUGAACCAAUUCUUUUCCAUGUACCCUGGAGCUAAAUACGCUUACUCUGUUGCGUCUGCGCUGAGUGGAGUGUACAGUUUGAAUCAGCACAGCGGUGUUACUCACGUAUCGCCUAAAACCGUAUGGGUACCAUUUUUCACUGGAACUUUCUACUGUCAUUCGCCAGUGAAGGUACACUUUGAUGUUGGCAGCUCCCUGCAGCAGAACACCUUGGCUGUGUAUGACAAUGACACGGGAACUCAAUUGCCGCAAGUCUACAAUUCUCACAUAACGUUUGAUGUCAAACCUAAUAUGUUUGGAUACUCUGUGCUGGGCCACGGAGCUCUCACGAGUCCAGCAGGCGCCAACUCCGACGUCCACUGGCAAUUAACAGUGCUGUGUUCCACUGAAGGUGCUUUCCACGUCUGCGACAAUGAUACUGAGAAAUGCAACGAAAUUCCUCUCCAACAUGCCACCAAAUUGCACGUUGAUGAGAUCUUUAUACCGAAUAGACGAAACAUAUUGGGUGGUGUCCAAAUAUCUGUGACCAAACAUGAGACUGUCAGCUUCAGAGCUGCCGCUACUUCGUCUGAGCUGGAAUUAGAAGCAGUGUUACGAACUACCAAAGACGGGAUUGCUGAAGAAAUUGCCCGAUGUUCCGGCAAAGGAGAGUUGAACUGGCCGUAUAUAAGGCUGACACCUUAUCGGUCGCAUAGUACGGCGCCGCUGAAAAAGAUCAAAUCAUACUCACAAGCGAAUUUGCAGAGUUCAGUAGAAAAACCGACGAUGUUGAGCGCUCGUUCAAUAAAAGGAGUCAAAGUUAUUAAGCCUAGUUCGGCAAAAAGUCGAUCUCUUAGCAAGGUAAGUCAUUAUUUUAAGUUCAAAACGAGUACACCUGAUCCGAAAGUGUAUACGAUUGAGGUCAUAGCACCUAGUGGAUGGCCUCUCACACUGCCUCAAUGGAAGAGAGUCGAUGAAGUGCGAAACUCCGUGGAAAAAGUAGAAACAGCUCCAAAGAAGCCUGUUAAAGAGAAGCCGUCGUCGUCAGCCAAAGAUAAAUCCGCGCCGCCGCCGUCGAUAUACCAACCUCAACCCGACGACGCGUACACAGAGUUGGAAUGCGCGUACUCAUCCGCGCUCGGUGCUCUGUGCAAGCGAGACGAUGAGAGGGACCUGCUGUUCGCUGCGACGAUCAAGGAAUGGGACGCCAGGGAACCCGGUCGUAAUAUCAGAGGAGCUCAAAUCAGAAAAGAAUUCCGUGCUCAUUUCCUUGAGGCCCUGCCCCCGCCGCCCACUGAAAGCGUGCACGUAAUGGAAGAAGUGAACGAUGAACAACUUGGUGAGGAAGAAGAGAAACAAGAACAACAGCAAACUCUUCAAGGACCCAGCCCUGUAACAGAGAGUGGCAUGAUAGAAAUGUCAGUUGAGUCGGAAGAAGAGGCUAAAUACUUAACCCUGCCUGAACAAUUGAGGGAUAAAUUCAUACCAUUGUACUUUUUACCUCUAUGUACGAAAGAACUAAACGAAGAAGAAAGCGUGGUGGUGACGCCGGACAUGGCCGAAGCUGCCAAGCAGGAUCGUCACGCUCGCCUCGAUGUGGCUCUAGAGCGCAUGCGCGAACUACAACUGUACAACGAGUUGCGCAUGCUUGGACGUCAGAGGCAGAGGGCCCGGUUGCUGGAGACACUUUUUGUGGAUUCCCACUGGAACCCUGAGUUGGCUGACGUUAUGUACGCACGAGAUGCGGCUAUAGCCCAAGAAACACUAACAAGAACUCUUUCUGCUAACAAAAAGAAGGCUGAGGCUAAAGUUAAGAAAUAA